GUCGCCAGUGAGGACCAUGCAACGACAGUGCAGCGUUCUGAGGAGCGUGAGACUACUGCUGCACAGCUGCACGCCUUGCUAUCGCUGCAUGCACAAUCGCUCGAUCAAUCGGUCGCAGCUGUAGACCCUUUUUAUCGAGGGGGCAGUUCGCUCGUGGCGCACAUAUCUUCAAGCUCACGCCCACCAUGAACAACAACACCCGUGACAUGCGCUCUGCAAGUGCCGGCACUGAGCCUGCGCCGUGGCUGCCCAUCCCUUCUCGCGCCAUUUCGGCCAUCGAGCACCCAUGUAUCAUCAAAAACGUUGACAAGGGCAUUACCUCAUUGGGCGGGUCAGUCAAACUGAGCAAGGGUCUGAGAUCCAGGCUGGAGACAGCCACCAACGACGAGGGCGAUGACGAGCUGAAGAAGCUGGUUUCUGUGUCACUGCGGCCAAACGACCCUUUUGCCAAGCGUUUGUUGUCAACGCCGGUAACGACCAGCAACCUGCUACUCAAAGUGACUGUACCCAAACGGACUGGCAGAAAGAGAAAGCGUGGCACUGCUGGUCCGUUUCUGGCUGAAGACGAGCUUGAGGGAGCGAGCAAUGCCACCAAUGCAGGCCGAACGAACAACAACUAUGUCGAAGCUGCAGACAUCUACCGGGCUUUGCAAGACAAUGUAUCCAAGUACAAGUUUGUAUUCGCUGGGAUCGUCGAGGAAACACAUCGUUUUCGAGCCAUGCCGGACUUGCAGUACGCUGCGUCUCAGAACGAUGUAAUGGUGGGUCUCCGAGACCAUGUCUUGUCCGCACGCUAUGCCGACUUGCAGAAGUAUAACAUCAACACGGCCGCUGGUGCAGAUCUGACAAAGAGCGUUGGUCCCUCAGCAGAAUUUCUGCAGAUGCCCAUCGCAUUCAACUACAAGUUCCAGCAAAAUGCUUACGUCAAGUACACUGAUCAAGGCGAGAUCAAUCUGCAGAAGCGCUUCCAGUAUAACAGCUACAUCAUUCUUCGGCCUACCGACGAUGCUGUCCCGACUCAGCCAAAACCAACCCUGCAGCCAGAGUUGUCUCUGACACCAUAUCUACAGACUCUGGUGGCGCAGAUUAGAGAACUGCUGAAGGAGAGACCUAUCAUCACACGGCACAUGCUCUACAACAAGCUCGGCUGGGACAAGCGUACACGACUACGACAGGCUGCAGUGUACUGUGGGUACUUCUUCGAGAGCGGCCCGUGGCGAGAAGCACUCAUCGCUUGGGGGGUGGAUCCGCGUACAGAUCCUCAGUACCGAAAGUACCAGACUGUGUCCUUCAUGUCAUACAAGAAACGAGGGACUGCUAGGCAUCACGACGCUUUCGACAAGCACGUUCAAGAGCUGAGCCGCAUGACUGCGGAGCAGCUCGAGCAUCAGCACACGUUCGACGGUAUUCACGCCUCGGAUACUGGUAACACGUUUCAGUUCUGCGAUAUCACUGACCCUUUGCUCGCCAAGAUUCUAGCGACAGAGAACAUUCGAACAACGUGCGCUCCAACCUUCCAGGGAUGGUACCAUGUAGGUACAUGGGCCAAAGUGACGGUCAUCUUGAAAGACAAGAUGAACACAAUCAUAAGCGGCGAAGCACCGAAUAACACGUUGUACGACCGCGUCUGUCAAUGGCCAGAGAUCUGGGACGAUAAAGAAGUCUUCGCUGCCUAUCGAGACGAAGUCAACGACCGUGAGAUACACGAAGCAAAGCGGCGAGAACACGAGAUCAUGCAUAAUGUCCGUGUCGCUGCAAGAAACCCUCGAUACGCGUUCGAGCACAUGGAGAGGAAGGAUGUUUCAGCGAGCAAUGUGAGCGAAGGUGCCGGAGCAGAGCUCGCUGAGGAAGCGGAGAUCCCUGAGGACUUGACGGAGUACCCAGACGAUCCAGACAUGGCAGAGGCGACUUCCAAUGAGGUUGUUGCGACUGUUGAGAGCAGCGGGGAUGACGAGGAUGACGAGGACGACGAGGAUGACGAGGAUGACGACGAGGAUGAGGGAGAAGAAGACGACGAUAUAGAAGACGAGCCGGCUGGGGACGCAGAUGGUGUGUGGGAAGAGGAUGACGGUGACGACAAUGCUGCUGUCAUGUCCGCACGAGCAGUGUCAGAGGGCCCGACGCCGUUUGGAGGCUUGUACAAUAUCUAGCGCUCUGAGCAAAAGUCAGGCUUCACAGUGUUCGAAGGCCAGAAUGAGCUCUCAAACGAGCUGGAGUUUUACCGUCCAAUUUGCA